AUGGCGAACAAAGACCGCGCAGAACUGACACCUAAAAUAUCGGCCCUAGAAGCAAAGAUAAGACGAUCGGACUACAGACAAGGCAAAUUAGAGAAAACAAUAAACCGUUUGAAAAAGAUAAUCUUGGACUUAAAACUAAAAACGUUGACUGAAAAUGUUGAUAUUGAUUCAAUAUCGGAGGGAGGGUAUCGCAAAACAUCAACUGAAAAGACUAAACAAACUGUGAUUUUUCAAACCCUAAAGGACUACAGUGAUGUUCCUAGAAGUCAAAAGAAGAGAAUCCUUACCGGGGGCGGGGCUGUCCCCUCAGCGCAUGUAGUAGCAUUUUAUGCGUAUAUGAGCGCAAAUGAGCCUAAUCCUGGUAAACAUCAUACAGUAAUAUUUAAUACCGUCAUAACCAAUGUUGGCUCCUCGUAUAAUCAUCAUGAUGGAGUAUUUACCGCUCCAACAAACGGCGUUUAUGUGUUCAGUUGGAACUUAUACAGCCAGUUUCAUGGGCUUAUUGCUUCGGAACUGAUGGUAAACUCCGCAAGUAAGGGCGGAAGGCUCUCAGAUAGUCGAAGUGUGAGUGAGGACCACAGCUCUAGCGGAACUUUGGUGGUGGAAAUCAGUCAGGGUGAUAUCGUCUACAUAAGGACACACCAGACAUUGUCUAUUUCAGGAAACAUUAACAGCUAUCCGAGUUCAUACCAAUCGUCAUUUUGUGGAUGGCUUUUAAUCUAA